GUGUCCCAGAAGCGGGAGCGGGGCCGCGUUGCUAUGGCAACCGAGGCCCACUCUGUGGGGUGGCUUCUUAGGCUCUUCUGGGGCGGGUCUGAGGUUCCGUUGUCUCUGUGUCCUGGGAUCUGGGGAUCCUGAGGAUCUUGCAAAAUGAGUCCCUUGUGACGUAAAGCGGAGCCGGGGACUCGGUGCAGGGUGGAGACAGGGCCCCAGCGUACCCCGGCAUUGCGGGCGGGAUGGGUCUGUGCGAGUCCACGCUGCCCCAGCUGGGCAGAACUUUGAGGCCCCAGGAGAAGGAUAUCCUGAGGUAUCCCCUGAUCAUCUUUGUGGUGGGGGGGCCCGGCUGCGGGAAAGGGACCCAGUGCAGAAACAUGGCUCUGAAAUACGGCUUCUACCACGUGGAGCUGGGCCAGCUGCUGCGGGAGGAGGCUCAGAGAAGCACCCAGAGGGGACGGCAGAUCCGGGACAUCAUGCAGAAGGGACUCCUGGUACCUACGGGUUUGAUUCUGGACAUGAUCAGUGACAACUUGUUGUCUUAUCCAAAGAUCCGCGGCUUCCUCAUCGAUGGCUUCCCCAGAGAGCUGGAACAGGCCAAAGAGUUUGAGCGGAUUGUGGGCAGGGCCCCCAACAUAGUCAUAGUGUUUGACUGCUCCAUGGAGACCAUGGUGCGCAGAGUGCUACGACGAGGACAGGUGGAGCACCGGGCAGAUGAUUCAGAGCCGGCCAUCCGCAAGCGCCUAGAGACGCACUACACCCUAUGUGAGCCUGUCCUGACCUUUUACCAGCAAAAGAACCUUCUACGACAUAUACUGGCCGAAGAAGCUCCUGAAAGCAUCUUUGCCAAGUGCUGUUCCGUCAUUGAGAGUCUGUUGUGAGCUAGGUAGGACUGGGCCAACAUCUGGCCUACCACACAGCAAAGAACCCAGACCUGAGGGUUACGCUUAUAACAACUAGGAAAAAGCAGCAUACAUCUGCUUCAGAAGCCUACUUGAAGGGCAGGGGAGACAGACCGACAGAUCACAGCCAGCAGGACAAAGGGAGGUUUUUGAUACCAUUUAUUUGUGAAGUUAAAAACGAGCGAUAAAAAGUAAAA